GUACUGUGAAGAACAAACAAUUUAUUGGAAAGGUCAUGUUCUUGGUUGCUGUUGCUCGUCCUAGGUUUGAUUCUGAAGGUAAUAAAAUUUUCUCUGGGAAAAUUGGAGUCUUUCCUUUAGUGAGACAAGAGCCAACAAAGAGGAACAGUAUUAAUAGACGUGCAGGUUCCCUUGUAACAAAACCCAUAGCUUCAAUUACCAAAGAAGUUAGUAGACAGUUUCUUAUUGAGCAUGUUGUUCCUGCUAUAAAAGAAAAGUGGCCAAGAGAUUCAAUAGGGGAACCGAUAUAUAUUCAGCAGGACAACGCAAGAUGUUACAUCGAUCCAGAUGACAAUGAAUUCUGUCGAGUUGCCACAGAAGAUGGGUUUAAUAUCCGCUUGAUGAACCAACCUCCAAAUUCUCCUGACUUGAAUAUUCUAGAUCUUGGGUUCUUUAAUGGCAUACAAUCUUUACAGUACAAGGAAGCACCAAAGACAGUUGAUGAUUUAAUUGCGGCGAUGGUUAAAUCGUUUGAAUCAUUUUUAGCUGUUAAGUCUAACAAAAUAUUCUUAACACUUAAAUGUUGCAUGGUAGAAAUCAUGAAGGUCAGAGGAUCUAAUAAAUAUGAUCUUCCACAUAUGAGAAAAGAAGUCAUGGAAAAGGAAGGUCCACUGCCCAAUCAAAUCAAGUGUGAUCCAAAGCUAGUACAAGAAGUGAUGGAGUACUUAAGCUGUGGCAACAUUGGAUGACUCGAUGUGGCAGAUUAGUCUUUGGCUUCGUUCACUAACUGAUGCAAACCUACCACCUUGUUGAGAUUGAAGAAAUGAGGCUUCAUUUUAUUUGUUUUUGAAGACUUGAAGAUUUAUUCUUCAUUGCUUGAUAUAGCAACAUGUUAUAAAUUGAUUAGUAAAUGCAAAAGAUAAAUAAAGCUCAGGAUUGCUGAGGCUAUGGAAAGCUACUGUU